AUGAGGCAAGGAGACCCCAUCUCUCCGUUCUUGUUCGUGAUAGUGAUGGAAGCGCUCUCUUGUAUGCUUGACAAGGCCUGCGAGGUUCAAAUUAUGAAAGGGGUUCAUCUUCCUGAGGACGGGUCGUUAGUGUCGCAUCUCUUCUAUGCCGAUGAUGCGUUUAUUAUCGGGGAGUGGUGUAAGGAGAACGUGCUUAAUGUGGGGUUGGUAGUUCUGAAGUGGAUGAUAUCGGUGGAGGUUGGGUGUAAAUCGGAUUCUUUGCCGUUUAAAUAUCUCGGCCUAUCGGUUGGAGCUAACAUGAACCGGAUCGUUAAUUGGAGGCCGGUUUACGAGAUUUUUGACAAACGUCUCUCGCUUUGGAAGUCCGUUGUGUUAUCUAUCGGUGGGAGGGUGACGCUAAUUUGA